AGCAGCAGGAGAUAUCUCAGUCCCCACUAGGUCAGCCUACAAUAGAAGCUUGGUCAUCCAGCACCUUGAAAGCCAACAUGGCCACCGUGCAGAAAACUCAGCUGAACCUAGAGAACUUGGAAGGCAUGAGCUGGAAGGACCUCUUCAAUGCCAGGUUCGAUGCCAUCUGUGAUGAGUUCUGGAAUAGUAUUGCUUGCACACCGCAUAGACCUACCCCUCCUGUAGCUCAGCUGACUCCAGAAGACACCUCUGCUAGGCACUACUUUUCUGGGCUAGGGUCCCACAUGGAGGUACCUCCAAGCCGUUAUCCAUCUACUCAGAAGGUAGUCCGGGUUCAAGAUCCUGCCACUUGA